CGUCAAGUUGCGUUGUCAAAUAAGAUCUGCCAUUAGACAUCCACGAAAACAUCGCGAACAAAGUAUUAAAAGUUUUAUUCUUAUCGCCGCCCGAGAAACCAUCUUGUGUGCGAUAAAGUGCUUAGGCAAUUAGCCGGAAAUGUCAGCAUAGCACUCGGCCACGAGUCGUCUAAUUUUACCAGCGGAAAUUCCACAGUUCAGCCAUGAAAAAGUUCUCGUUUAUUUUUGUUGUUUUCCACAUAACCUUAACCCUAGCCGGGCAGAAUGAAGACUUCGACAAUAAUUUACAAAUUCGUCAGCGGCGAUCGGCCAUCGAUGCGUCCACUCAUCUCCUAAACGAGCCGGAAUGCCAAGAAUUGCACAAAUACUGCGCCGCCGAAGAUGCCGACGAUCUUUCCGUCCUUGUGUGCAUCCAAACAUUGCAAUCAUCCCAGCUGGAAAGUCUCUCGGAAGGAUGCCAGCAUCUGAUCUGGAGACACACCAGAAACAUUCUGGAAGACGAAGAAGUUUUGCAGAUAACCCGAAAAGUGUGCAAUAAGGACACAGGAAAGUUUUCCAACUGCCACCCGGCAAAGUCGACAGUUGGGAGGUAUCUAGCUUGUCUGGUGGAUGAAAUAGAGACCGCCAAGCCGAGCGGGCAGUGCCGCGAUACAAUUCAUCGGCUGGAAAGCAUAGCUUUCACGGACUAUAGACUGUUAGGGAAGUUCAUAGACGACUGCGAGGACGAUGUCGAGCACUUGGGCUGUGGCCGCUUGAAUGCUGACCGCGAGCGAGUGUCGCAAGGCGAGACCAUCGCUUGUCUUCAAGAAAAGAUCACCGAAUUGAAGCCAGUGUGCAAGAAGCAGGUGCUACACGUUUCACAGCAGCAGUCAGAUGACCUCAAGUUGGAUCGGAAGUUCUACACAUCGUGCAGGACAGAUUCUAUUCGGUUUUGCCCAAAUGCUGUGCCCGGAACGAAUGCAGUUUUCAAAUGCCUGGUGAAGCACAAAGACAACGCGGAUAUGACUGCAAAAUGUAGGGAGCAGAUCGUCCGUCGUGACAAGCUCCUUGCUCACGACUAUCGAAUUAGCCGCGGCCUCGCGAAAGCUUGUCAUGAGGACAUCAAGACUCACCAUUGUCGACGCGGCGUGUCGAACGACAAAAGCGUUCGCCUGGCGCAAAUCCUCCUCUGUCUGGAGUCGGUAGUGAAAAAUGGCACGAAAAUAACCAACGAAUGCCAUGCGGAAAUCACCGACCAUCGCCAGAUGCUCAUGAUGGACUUCCAGCUCUCGCCUGAAAUUCUGAACGGCUGCAAAGACGACAUACCUAAGUUUUGUGGAGACACAGACCUCCAAAGCACAGUUAAUGGCGAAAUAAUUCAUUGCCUGAUGGAGCACGCUCGCGGCAAACGUCGUCAAGAUCGGCGAGAACGCCGGGUAACCUCGACGUGUCAGCGUGCCCUGGAGGAUCUUAUCAAAGUCUCCGAUGCAGGUGAGGAUUGGCGAGUUGAUCCGGUGCUGCGCAGAGCCUGCCAACCAGUCGUAGAUGUUGCGUGCCGGAAUACAGACGGCGGUGACGCCCGGGUAAUGUCCUGUUUGAUGGAGCAAAUCGGGACAACGUUCAUGACACCGUCCUGCGAAUCUGCACUGAUGCUGAUCCAGUACUUCGUUGCUCGCGACUUCAAGUUGGACCCACAAUUGUAUCGAAAUUGCCGCGAAGACGCCGUACAUUACUGCCAAGCAAAGAAAACAUGGGAUGGGGCGAAUGACGGUCAAAUGGAUCCUGAACGUGGACCUUUGAUUUUGCCGUGCUUGCAUCGUAUCGCGUACAGUGACAAUAAGACCGAGACCUUGAAUAAGGAGUGCUUCCAGGAGGUGAAACGUGUUAUGCGACAACGAGCUGUUUCAGUGGAUUUAAUUCCGGAAGUCGAGGAUCAUUGUUUGAACGAUUUGUCAGUAUUUUGUUACGAUAAAACCGGUAAAGGUGCUGAGAUGCAAUGCCUGCAGGAGAAUUUGGAAAAGCUGCAGAAAGAAUGCAAGGAUGCUGUUACGAAGUACACAGAAGACGAAGCUGCUCAUAUUGAACUGAAUCCACUGAUCAUGUCUGUAUGCCGCUCUGCAAUGAAUAAAUACUGCUCGGAUGUUUUCAAAAAAGCUAAAGAAGAAGGCGAGAUGAUGGAUUGUCUCAUCUCCCACAAAAAUGACCCAGAUCUUCGUCAAGACCAAAAGUGUCGUGUGGCCAUCGAGCACUUCCAAAUCAUCUCAUUGAAAAACUACCACUUUACAUACAAAUUUAAGGAAGCCUGUCGUCCAUACGUUAUGCGUUUCUGCAAGGAAAGCACAACAAAAUAUGACGUGGUUGCCUGUCUAAGUGAAAUUAUGCGAAACAACACAAUACGCGGUGAACGACACAGCAUACCGAAAGAGUGUCGACAACAAAUCAAAGCUCAGCUCUAUCAACAACGGGAAAAUAUCGAUUACGAUCCGAAAUUGAAGAAUGCCUGCAAGAAGGAGAUUAAGGAACUUUGCGUUGAUAUUCCAGCGGGCGGUGGGCAGGUGAAUACUAAAAAUGUUCUUGAAUGUCUUCAAGAAAAAACACAAUACUUAGGUGACCAGUGUCGUCACGUCAUAUUCAAUGUUAAACGUUCCGAAUUGGACGACAGUUCUACCGAUUACACACUAAUGAACACUUGUAAAGAUAUGAUCAUGAUAUAUUGUCGCAAUAAUGAGCCAUCGAAAUUGCUCGAUUGCUUGAAAUUAUACAAAAAUGAACCACUUUUCGAUCCCAAGUGUCAUCUGGUUGUGGUAAAUCGAAUGAUAGAACAGAACACCGAUUUCCGAUUCAAUCCAGCUUUGCAGAGUGCAUGCGGAAAAAAUAUCGCCGAUUAUUGUUCGCAUGUCGUGGCAACGGUUAAGCCGAAUGAAGAGCUGAAUGGCAAGAUGAUCAACUGCUUGAAAAACAAAUUCCGUGAAUCAAAGCUGGAUCACGAAUGCGAGAAGCAAAUGGUAAUUGUCCUCUCCGAACAAGCUUUGAACUACAAACUAAACCCUCUUUUGCAAACAUUGUGUAAAUCGGAGAUCAAAGUAUUGUGUGGGAAAAAUGUUGAUAAAAUUGAGGACGAUGGUGAAGUGGAGGAAUGCCUGAAAAAUGCAUUCUUGAAUCAGAAAAUCGUUAGUAAAGAGUGCCGGAUCGAAGUUGCAACCUUGAUUCAAGAAGCAAAAGCGGAUAUUCAAGUCGACCCAUUACUGUUGAGAGCAUGCACCGUUGAUCUUCUUCGAUAUUGCUCUAAAGUUCGAAGUGGCAAUGGACGACAGCUUCAAUGUCUUCAAGUCAUCCUCAAAGACGAGUCGAAGGCAAUGGAAGAGGAUUGUCGAGUCAAACUUACCAAACGGAUGGAAAUGUUCCGAAACGCAGAAACGCUCUUGGCAUCACCACCGGAAGACAUGGGUCAAUUGUUCUCACAAGUUGCUGCAUCGCCAUCCAAAAAAUACUUCCUGCUCGUUUUGAUGUCCUUUAUUGGUAUUGUGUUCAUCGUUGGAAUGUUUUGUGGACGCGUAACGAAACGCACGAUUUACCGUAAGUUAAAAUAAUAAGACGCCUCGUGUGAUGGCAUAGAUACCAUGGCAAUAACGUGACUACGAUUCCCCUGUUUGUUUGAACAAUAUGUAUUCCCACACCAAAUCGUAUUUGUAUGUACUUUUCUUUAAAAAACAAAAAUAUCGCGAAAAUCACAAAUCAUGAUAACACCAGAACAUAUUUUCAUCUGUAAGGAUAAAGGAAAAACCUCCGAUGAGCAGCUAUCUGCAUCUAAUUCAUAUUUUUAUCCCAUUUGUUUUGGUUUUUCACUAUUUUUCACCAAGUUUUUACUCGGGGUGUGUUUAUUUGUCUACAUUGCUGGAUUUUCCUACCCAAAUCCCAGUUAGAGCUCCUGAAUUAGGCUGGAUUGUGAUGGCAGAAAAACAUUUUAAGAAGCGAUCGCACUUCGAUAAUUUUUUAGUUAAAUCGGGUUACACUUCCUUAUUCUCUGGAGCCCCAAGGAUAGUAUGGAUGCGAUUGUCUUAUAAAGAAGUUAAUCAAUUCAUCACUUUUUUUCAAAUAGUGCUACUUUCCAAGGUUUAUGUUUUUUAUGUCGUCGUGUCCUCCACAUCCUCAGAACAAUUCUCGUCUCCCUUUAAUAGAUUUUAUCCUCUCUAACAAGACUACUUAGAGAUAUCUGAACUCAUAAUUCCCCACGGACUUUCACUUUGUCAACAAAAAAAAAACUAACAAACAAACAAAAAACCACUUUCAUAUUUAGAUUUUUAAUCGUGCAUGAUUCGUAUGUGAUUGACAUAAUUUUUCGGAUAUAAUAUAAGCUUGAAACCGAUUCCAAAAAAAAAAAAUGUGUUAAAUAUUUUAUGAGUAUCAUUCACCAUUUGGGUUUUAUAAAAUUCGCAUAAGAAAACGGAAGAGAUAUUUUUGCUAAAAUCAUAUGUUUGCAAGGCCAAAAUCAAAAAGAAAAAAAAGAAAUACUGAAUUGAAAUUUUGCUCUCCGAUUUUCAUCGUAACUAAUUAACUAAUAACAUAAGACAAUUAUCAAUUUAUUGUUGUAGCGUGUAAGAUAGCACUAUUAUAUUUUCAAAAACAACGUGAAAUUUUACUAUAAUAAAGUGAUACUUUUUCGUAUUGUAA